GUCAAAUCUAAGUCCAAGAUACUGCUUGUGGAAGAGUAUAGGUAGUUCAGCCGCGCAGACUCAGAGCACAUAGAUAGAACAGUCAACAUCGUUAUAGUAUGCAUAGGAAACGUACCGAUGGAUGGCUGAUUGUCCUACUAGAGAAAGAUGCACUGUCUCUUGCAUUGUCUGUCUUUCAAAGUGUGCGAACGACAAUGGGACGAGGGCCUCGACGCAACCCUGAGAGCUGUAUGAAGCAGAUCAGAAUUUCCAUUAUCGGGGAGCCUCCGACGAGGCAAGCCGUCUGCGUGGAUGUGAACCGUAGUCGCGUGUCAAGUUAUGUCCCUCGUAGUUUUCGACACUUUUACAGAGAACUACCAAUCUAUAUAGAAUCGGUGCAGUCGCUAUCUCACCCAAAAAACGCCGAAGGCUCAGGGCCGUAAUGCCAAACGACACGAAGGUCAUGAAGGGCAGGUACCGGCAGCUGUGGGUUGUGACCAUG